GAGGAAGGGAGGCAUUCCACAAGCAGAGCUGAGCACCAGCAGGGCAGCAAGGCUGAGCGGGACUGAGGCUGUGUUUGGCCAUAUCUCAGUGAUUGGAGAUUCAGGGUAACUUCUCCACUGACUUCAGUUUCUUUCCUUUCCAGUCUACUGCUCUGGAGUUCAGAAGCCUCUGUACUUUAGCUGGAUAUACACAUGUCUCUCUGUGUGUGUUCUUUCUCUGUGUUGAGAGAGGACUGCAUGUGAAACCUGCAUGAAAAGCAGGCUAGAGAUCCAAAAGCAGGCAAGACUCUUCCUGAAGGAGAAUUCUGAAAAUCCAGAUUUUUUUCAUCAUCAGUUAAUUUUAAAAUUAUAAAAUAUUUUUGAAGCAUCUGGGUGCUAGAAUUUCACUUCAUGACCGAAAUUCUACUUGGAAAAGGAAAGAACUGCUGCUGAAGAUUUUUCUCCGGCAAGUAGAAGAAAAGCUAUCUCUUAAAAUUUUCUGCUUUGCUUACAUUUUCAGCUCAUCUGUUACCUACUUUGAUUUCUUGGAUCUCUCUGAACUGGAGCAACUUAAAAGAUCAAUAUGGCCUGGCCAGAGAAAUCAAGUUGUACCAAACAAAGUGAGGAUUCCAGUCAUUUCCCUGAGAUUAUUGAACUCAAUGUAGGUGGUCAGGUGUAUAUCACUCGCUAUCCUACUUUGGUCAGCAUUCCUGGUUCCCUGCUCUGGGAAAUGUUCAGUGAAAAGAAUCCUUGCUCCCUGAUCCAGGACAACAAAGGGAGAUUCUUUGUAGAUCGAGAUGGUUUCCUGUUUCGCUAUGUGUUAGACUACAUGAGAGAUAAGCAAGUAGUGCUUCCUGACCACUUUCCAGAGUGGGGUCGGCUCCAGAGAGAAGCGGAAUACUUCAAGUUGCCAGAGCUUGUCAAGAUGUUGACUCCUAAAAUAAACAAGCUCAACUUAAUUGGCACUGACAUAUGCCAAAGUGACCUAGACGAGCUGUCCCCCAACACUGACACCAUGUAUAACCUCUCUUCAAGUAAUAUUAUCCAAAUUAGUGGCCCUGUUAAUCCCCUAGCUCUGAAAAUGGGAACUGGUUCUGGCCUCAAGAAGGCAGGCUUCAUCACUAUUGGCUAUCGAGGCUCCUAUACUCUGAGUCGGGACAGCCAAACAGAUGCUAAAUUCCGCCGUGUAGCCCGAAUCAUGGUGUGUGGCAAGAUUUCAUUGGCCAAAGAAGUGUUUGGAGAUACUCUGAAUGAGAGCCGAGAUCCCGAUCGUCCUCCUGAGCGAUACACUUCUCGAUACUACCUCAAAUUCACUUUUCUGGAACAAGCCUUUGACAAACUAGCUGAUGCUGGCUUCCAUAUGGUAGCAUGCAACUCCACUGGUACCUGCACUGCUACUCCUGAUCAGACAAAUGAUAAGAUCUGGACCUCUUAUACUGAAUACGUUUUCCACCGUGAGUAACACUUAGAAAUCAUCUGGAAAAUAUAAACCAAAAAGCCAGCUCUGCCUCCCCUUUCUGUUCCUGCAUACGUGUUCUCCUGUAGAAAUAGACACAUAAUCCUCUGUCUAAUUUUGGAAAGUGUCACUACUGUCACCAUUACUAAUUAAACCUUCUUUGGUACCUUCCUUGUUACACAUUACCCAAUUUUGUAUGGCUUUCAGUAUGCCUUGGAGUGUGGAGCUGGAUGCCUUUAGGGGAAAAAUAUUCAAUGUGGAGGCAUAUGUACAUGCUCAUUACAAUAGACAAUAGAGAUAUUUGUUGGGCAAACACAGACAAAACCAUAGAUUCUGUUGAGAAAUGAUGAGCAACGGUUUCUAAAUAGUUUCUUAGCACCACAUUGUGGAUAUGCUUAAAUCCCUUGUUCUUAUAGUUACCUAGGAAAAGUCCUUUAAUCAUAUAUGCUCAUUGUGAACCAUAUAUUUAGAGUAAAUAUGAAUAUAUAUACACAUAUUUUUUUUCACUAAAUCUCUUUCUCUCUCUCUCUCUCUCUCUCUCUCACGCACACACACACAAAAUGUGAGGGCACUAUUGUUCUUAACAGACUGGGUAGAAGAAGGUGAUAAAAAUCGCCCAGGAAAGGUCAGUAAGUUCUAAAAUUGCCAAUUAUUUUCAAUAGUGAAAAAUGAAAAAUUGCAUAUGUAAUUAUUUCCGAGAAUUUAAAUUGCUUUUACUUGAAAAGGAUAGUGAGGAUAUAUAUCAUGACUAUUCCACAGACAUAAGCAUGUAUGCCAUUUUAAAAGAUUUUGCCCAAAAUAUGUUUUAUCCAUAUAGAUAAA